AUGAGCGAUCGUCCAGAGGAAUUGGACUACGACCGGUCCAUCAAGGACGACGUCGUGUACGAUAUCCGCGAAACGCCCGAGUAUAACCAGACACGAGCAUUGAUUGUUGCCAAUCUCACACAGCCAUUCGAUAAUCAGGAAUUCCAAGAUCUGCUGAACCAGCAGGCAGCCAAAACAGGGUCACUGAUCGAAAGGGCGUGGCUGAACAUUCGCAGAACCCACUGUUUUGUUAUAGUAUCGGACAUUGCUGGCGCUGUUGCUUUACAAAGCAACUUGAAUGGAACCAAAUUCCCAAAAGAUAAUGACCAACAAACAGAGCAAGUUACCAGACAUCCAUUGUACAUUGAUUUCAUUCCCGUCAAGGCCACGCAACACUGGAUCGACCAGGAAAAUAAGGGCCCCAAAGAUGCUGUUUGGAAGGUCUCGUUUGAGAAACAACCGUCCAAGCAGCAGGAAGGCCAGGAGUUCCUGGUGGCCACGCACAAAAUGCUCAACUAUCCUAAUAAGACCUUUGGCUACAAGUCGUCCUCGCGGUUCAGAGGCCGCGGUAGAGGAGGGUAUCGCGGAUACAGAGAUUACAACAACUAUAGAUACACCCCGUACAGAAGAGAGUACGAUUAUCCAGACUCUCGUCGAGGAAGAGAAAGAUCGCCAGAAUGGGCCAAUUAA